CUGCUCUGUUGCUUAGACCAGGCUGCUGCAGGGAUGGGGCCCCUGGAAGCAGUAGGCGAAGAAAACCAGACAGAUGAAAUGAAAAUGGAGCUGUUUACCAAGCUGUACUUGCCGAAGUACACCACACCGCUCAACGAAUUGGCUCUGGACCCUAAACCAGAACUGAAGGACAGCACAACGCUGGUUGAAGUGCAGAUAAUCCUCAUCUUUGCUUACUGCUCCAUCAUCCUGCUGGGGGUGAUCGGGAACUCCCUUGUCAUCCAUGUGAUCAUCAAGUUCAAAAGCAUGCGCACGGUGACUAACUUCUUCAUUGCCAACCUGGCUGUGGCUGACCUGCUGGUGAAUACGCUGUGCCUGCCCUUCACUUUGGUUUACACGCUGUUGGGCGAAUGGAAACUGGGUCCGGUGUUGUGCCACCUGGUGCCUUAUGCCCAGGCUCUUGCUGUGCACGUGUCUACCGUUACUCUGACGGUGAUCGCUUUGGAUCGGCAUCGCUGCAUUGUCUACCACCUGGAAAGCAAAAUCUCUAAGCGGAUCAGCUUCCUGAUUAUAGGAGUUGCCUGGGCAGUCAGUGCCCUGUUGGCGAGUCCCCUGGCCAUCUUCCGUGAGUACUCAUUGAUUGAGAUAAUUCCCGACUUCAAGAUCGUGGUCUGCUCUGAGAAGUGGCCAGGGGAGGGGCAGCUUAACUAUGGCACCAUCUAUAGCGUCUCCAUGCUCCUGAUCCAGUAUGUGCUGCCACUGGCAGUCAUCUCCUAUGCCUACGCCCGGAUUUGGACCAAGCUCAAGAACCACGUUAGUCCUGGGGCAGGGAAUGACCACUACCACCACCGGCGGCAGAAAACCACCAAGAUGCUGGUGUGUGUGGUUGUGGUGUUCGCUGUCAGCUGGCUGCCAUUUCACACCUUCCAGCUAGUCAGUGACAUUGACAGUCAGGUGUUAGACCUGAAAGAGUACAAACUGAUCUACACAGUGUUUCAUGUCAUUGCCAUGUGCUCAACAUUUGCUAACCCCCUUCUCUAUGGCUGGAUGAAUAACAACUACAGGACGGCCUUCCUCACGGCCUUCCAGUGUGAGCAGCGGCUGGACUCCAUCCACCCUGAAGUAUCAGCAGCUUUCAAAGCCAGGAAGAAACUAGAAGCAAAGAGGAUUCAAUUCCCUGGAGACUCUUUCACACAACCUACCAAUGUUUAAGAUGUCUGUCUUUAAAGAAAUAUUGAAUAUGUGGUGGACAAAAGGAUAAAUCCAUCUUGCCACAUGCAUUUUUAAUGCAUAGUUUUAGUCAUAA